UAAAGCCUCGGAGGGAAAUGGGUGGCGCGACCCGCUACUUGAAGCGGGUGUGGAGGACUCUUUCUUUAAUGAAAGUGCAGUAGCACAGCUCUGAACUCGGACACACAGCUGCGGCGUGGCGGCGUCUCAUUUCACUGAUCCACUAUGUCCUCACAUGUUUCCACAGACUUGGAGCUGGAGCUGGGUGAGCUGCUCCAGGAGUUCCAGGAUGUGGUGGAGGAGCUGAAGGCACCCUCUCAAAGCAAACCACACGCCUACCAGCACAUACUGCAGGGGGCCAAAAAUCGCACGGGGCAUGGGGACGACAGCGGAGUGGAGGACUCCGAUUACAGCAGUGAAGCUUCUUUGGGAAACAGUUUGAACACCAGUGAGGAGGAGCUUCACACAGCAGGAAUAACGCUGGCACCGAAAGCCAAGCUGGGAGACACAAGCGAGCUUGAGAGUUUUAUUGACAUGUUGGACCGGGAACUUGCUGAGAUGUGAAAAGAGAGGGAUGGCGAACUACAUACGGGGGGGAGAAACAGGCCGGGGGCGACAGGGCUGGCUACUGCAGAGCGGACCGGCAGAUCUACACCAGAGCAGAUCUGAGGGAGCAAAUACUCCCCUGGCUGCUUUGGGGAAAAAGGUUAACAUCAGACAUUAAAAGGGCACUCCGUUCCAAAAUGCAAGAGCACCCUGAAACCCUUGGUAACACCUCGUCCAGCCAGCAGGAUGAUGUCCCUGCAGCAUCAGAUUCAAGCUUCCAUCUGGAAAAAACCUAGUUCAGGGUAUAGAAUACAUGUUAAUGCCACGUUUUGAAAUUCCCAUGUACAAUGCAAGUAAAUCCUCAGUGCGGUUUUUAAAGGAUGCUGAUCUUUAUGCUGUUUAGAAAGACAGAUGGCUUGUAAACAAAUAUUCACAUCCAGGAGGGUUCAGAUCCGCUGUCAAAUGUCAUUUUUAUACUGACCUCUCCAGUGUACAGUUUUUGUGAAUAUUCCUUUAUUAAUUAUAAAUUGUAUAGAUGAAUGCACAUAUGAAUAAAGCCACUUUCUUUUGAUUUGA